GGUGGGAUAUAUAAAGGCAGGGGAACCUCAGCCGGCUCAAAAGAAACUCCUGGAGCUACUGGUGUUCUCCCUCCCUCCCUUCACGUGAUUCAGCUUCCCCACGCCAGGGGAGCCGAGGACAAGCCUCCCUGUGCGACAUGGCUGCCGGCAGCUGCCUCCUCCUCCUCCUCCUCCUCCUCCUGCCCUGCCUGGUCACGACCUCGCACAGCCCACCUGGCUGCAAGAUCCGGAUUACCUCCAAGGGGCUGGACCUGGUGAAGCAGGAGGGGCUGCGCUUCGUGGAGCAGGAGCUGCAGAACAUCACGGUGUCAGACCUGCACGGGAAGGAGGGGCAGUUCCACUACAACAUCAGCCAGGUCAAGGUGAUGGACCUGCAGCUGGCAUUUUCUGACCUGCACUUCCAGCCUCAGCAGCACCUCGUCUUCAACAUCAACAACGCCUCCAUCAGCCUACGCUUCCGGAGACAGCUGCUCUACUGGUUUUUCUAUGACAUCGGGUCCAUCAACGCCUCUGCGGAUGGCGUCCACAUCCACACAGUGCUGCAGCUAGCCAAGGAUGAGGCUGGGCGCCUGAAGAUCUCUAACAUCACCUGCAACGCCUCCAUUGCCAGAAUGCACGCAGGCUUCUCCGGCACACUCAGGAAGGUCUACGAGUUCCUGAGCACCUUCAUCGUCACAGGGAUGCGCUUCCUCCUCAGCCAGCAGAUCUGCCCGUCCCUGGAGCACGCCAGCCUGGUGCUGCUGAACUCCGUGCUGGACACGGUGCCAGUGAGGAACUAUGUGGACGAGCACGUCGGCAUUGACUACUCCCUGCUGCGGGAUCCGGCUGUCUCCACGGACACCCUGGACCUAGACUUCAAGGGCAUGUUCUUCCCCCGUGCAAGAGAGCAGCAGGAGCUGGAGAACCAUGCGGUGGAGCCGGUGAUCAAGGAGACCGAGCGCAUGGUCUACGUUGCCUUCUCAGAGUACUUCUUCGACUCGGCCAUGCACGCGUACUUCCAGGAGGGUGUGCUGGCCAUGGAGCUCCAGGGGGAGAAGGUGCCCAAGGACCUGGAGGUUCUGCUGAGGGCCACCUUCUUCGGGACCAUCUUCAUGCAGAGCCCGGCCGUGGAUGCGCCCCUGCGGCUGGUGCUGCAGGUGUCGGCUCCCCCGCGCUGCGUCAUCAAACCCUCGGGCACCUCUGUCUCCGUCUCUGCCUUCCUCAAUAUCUCGCUGGUGCCCCCGGGCCGCCCCCCGGUCCAGCUCUCCAGCAUGGCCAUGGAAACCAAGCUGAGCGCCAAGGUGUUUCUGCAAGGGAAGGCGCUGCGGGUGCAGCUGGACCUGCGACGGUUUCGCAUCUACUCCAAGCAGUCUGCGCUGGAGUCGCUGGCGCUCUUCUCGCUGCAGGCCCCGCUGAAGACCCUGCUGCAGCUGACGGUCAUGCCCAUCAUUAACGAGCGGACCAAGAAGGGGGUGCAGAUCCCCCUGCCAGAAGGCAUGGACUUCACCAGGGAGGUGGUCACCAACCACGCGGGAUUCCUCACGGUGGGAGCUGAUCUCCACUUCUCCAAGGGGCUGCGGGAGGUGAUCGAGAAAUACCGCCCGGCUCCUGCCACCCCCAGCUCACAGCCUGCCGAGCCCAGCGGGGAUCCCCCCCAGCUCUAGCUCUUCUCCCCACCUGCUCCUUCACCCUGGACCCAGGGCAGAUCCCGGGCUGGACCCGUAGACUGUAGGUAGGAAGCAGCUUCUCCGGUACCACGGGCAGGUCCUGCCGGGCGCCCGUGCCCUGGCGGGUAGCAGCAAGGCGGAGACAGCCGCUCUGGGAAGCCCUGCUGCACCCCUUCUCCUUACACUAAUAAACCACUUGACUCCGA